GGGAAGCGGAGCGGAGGGGGCAGACCUGACAGUUGCAGCCGCUGCGAGCAGCAUUGAAUUGUGGGUAUCUUGAGUUUCCUCCUCAUAGAUUUCAACAGUCAGCUGUGGCGGAGAAGUUUUUGACAGAUUUUCAGAGCUGCCCUAUAGAAGUCUUAUUUUUAGCAUCCGACCGGGGCUGAAGCUCCUACGUCGACUCCAAGCGUGUUGUGUCGGAACAUAUUUCCGCGUCGUCAGGAAAACUUUUCGGUCUCUCCUGGAACAGCUGUCAGAAUGAGCCUGAACGAACACUCCAUGCAGGCGCUGUCCUGGAGAAAGUUGUACUUGAGCCGAGCUAAGCUCAAAGCCACCAGCCGCACUUCGGCUCUGCUGUCGGGUUUCGCAAUGGUUGCCAUGGUGGAGGUGCAGCUGGAGCCCACUCACACGUAUCCUCCCGGACUGCUGAUCGCCUUCAGCGCCUGCACCACGGUUCUGGUCGCCGUGCACUUGUUCGCCCUCAUGAUCAGCACCUGCAUCCUCCCGAACCUGGAGGCCGUCAGCAACGUUCACAACCUCAACUCCGUCAACGAGUCCCCCCACGAGCGCAUGCACCGCCACAUAGAGCUGGCCUGGGCCUUCUCCACGGUCAUCGGCACCCUCCUGUUCCUGACUGAGGUCAUGCUCCUGUGCUGGGUGAAGUUCCUGCCACUCAAAAAGGAAAUCAACACCACCAUCAGUUCCGGCGAGGCGGCGGCCAUCGCGUCCACCUGCAUAAUGGUGCCGUUCGGACUCGUCUUCAUCAUCUUCGCUGUCCACUUCUACCGCACUCUAGUCAGCCACAAAACGGACCGGCAGAUCCGAGAGCUGGACCAGGUCAUUCAGCUCCAGAAACAGCUGAAUCACGGGGCCGAGAACGACGAGCUGAAGGCAGCCGGACAUUUCCCGUAACUGUAACCCAUCCGAGUUCAUGUAGACUUCUCUUAUAAAAAGGCUUUUUUAAAAAAAAAAAAAAAAAAUGUUGGCAUUUGUUCUGAUGAGUCACAGCAUGCAUUUCACGCUAUGUAUUGCAUGUUUACAAAAUUUGGUUUACUUUUAUAUGCAGGGAAUUUAAUCAUUUUUGGUUGCCGACAUCCAUACAAGAUAAAAAUGGGUGAUUUGUGAGGUGAAAUUUCGAAAGCACCGAGAUUAUGGGGUGGGUUUACACAUUUUAUUUGCUUUCAUAUAAAGAUCUGUAUUUUAUUCUAGCAGCCAUUUGUUUAUCUGUAAGCAAUUGGAUGUGUCACUAUGUGUGUCUACUUGUUGAUGAGGGAAAGGUCAACAGGGCAAAGUGUGAGUAAUUGUGCACAACAUGCUUUAUUUGAAAUAUGUUUAAAAAUGCCAUAUGUUCUAAGAAAAACUGGGAUAAGGUGAAUCAAUAUUUUUCUCAAAUUCAGUAUCUCAGGCUGUCUGGAAUCUUCACUAUCUAACGUAUACCUCUGCCAAAGUGCUGUUUUCUUCUCAGACAUGCUGCAGGAUGCUGCAUGUCAAUGGUGCAGCAUUCAGCUGUAGCGCAAAGUUUUUCCCACCUUGUUUUCUUGUUGGUUAAUAAGUGAAAUGAUUGCAUUGCAUUUUUAUUAUUAUUAUUAUUUUCAAUACGACUGAAUCUCUGAAUGUUUUAUUACCAAACAAAAGAAGCGUUUUCAGAAUUCAUCUCUGGGAUUUACAUUUAGCUUUUUUCAUGGUACAGUUUCCUGAAAUUACCAAAGAUCAUUUUUGGGGAAAGACAUUCAGCAGUAUUUGAGGAAAGAAAGUAUAUACAAAAUUAUGUAGAAAUGCUGUAUUUGCAUUUCAGGGCAUCGUGACAUAAAGACGCCUUUUUUGGACCAUAGUGAUUAGUCCAUGAAAGUAGGUAACCUUUGACCUGCCAAUCAAUUCUGCAGUGGUCAAGGACAAAUUGACUGACUGCAUUUUUGACAACAAACUUUAAAUAAGUUAAAUAUCACAACAACUAAACUGUUAAGUAAGGACACCUUUUUUUCCCUCCGUGUUCUCAUUUUCAUGCUGUCCUUUUUGUUUAUUUGUUUUAAUCAAAUACACUGUAAAUCAAGACGACGUGACUGGCUUUGGGGAAAGUGUUCUUGAACAACUUUUGUGCAGCAUCAAAUUGUUUAAAGUGUUGUUUGCAAAUUUGUGUGUUUUGUACAUUUUGUGCAGUAGUUUACAAGCUGAAGCACGGUUACAGAUUGUUUAUGUUGCACAAUGUGGCUUGCGUGUGUGUUUUUUUUUUUUGUGUGUCCACAUCAACUAACGCUUCGACGUGGCUCAGGCUGUCGUCGUCUCUCCGUAGCAAAGCUGCACGAGACACUGUCUUUACAAAGUUUGUUUGUUGCACUUUGAUUUCUAAUGGUGAUGCCACUCUUUGUUGGAAUAUUGUUGCACUUUUCUAUUGAUAUAAAGGUCAUGUUGUUUUAUAGGGUGACUUGCGUAUGUUUUGCUGACAACCUGCUCAUUGGUUGUACAGAGCUUUGUAAUCGUCCUGCUUGUUGUUUUCAGUGUUUAAAUGGUCCUGAUCAGAUUUAAUUUUCACUUUUGUCGUUUAGUCAAACACCAAAAAGCUCACAGGAAUACAUCGGUGCCUUACCAAAUGUCUGUCUUACCAAAUUACUCACAAAAUUAAUCAGAAAGCUAUCUUCCAUGACACUUUUCUUUUACUGUUGUUCAUUUCUGUGCUUAUUUAUUAAAUCGAGUGUGUGCUACUGUGUGUUUUGAAAGCACGGCUAGAAGGUAUGGUUCAUUAAAUGCUCUGUUUCCAG